AUGAAACAAUGGACGAUUCACCUUGCUUCGCCUUUGGUCACUUCUCCUCCAGUGACGUCAGGCCUUCCUCAUUACAAAUCGACCAAUGAUAAUUUAAUACUUAUAACUGAAUCGUUUCACCCUCAAUUGGGUGUGCGACUCCUCCAUCGCAUUGAUGACUACGAAUGUGACUCUUCCACCACACCUGUGAUUGCGUCCUGUCUCACCUCCCUAACCGCUACCUUAAUAGGAUUGAACCAUUGUAGCAGAGAGAUCUUGAAACUUUUGAUUAAUACUUCUCAAGUUGUCUCCAAGGGCUUCUGUUUGAAUCAUUUCAUUGAACGACAUGUGAUUCAGACCACCUUCUCAAUUUAUUUGACAUUAAAGAACUGUGCGUUGAAUUUCUUUGUCAUGUCCAAUUUAUCUCGACCAGAUCUCAAGCAGAGUGGUGCAAUGCUUGAUAUUUCUAAUUAUGAACGAAGAGUUGAUCAUCAUAGAGAUAUGCGUAUGGAUAUCGAUCAUAUGUCUUAUGAGGUGAGCAGAUUGGGAAUGUUGGAUCGGGGUUAUCAGAGGAUUUUAUUUGAGGUUAUUUGUAAACAAGGGUAUUUAUGUCUUCUAAGUUGGAAGUUGUUUCAUCUGCUGAUCAAGAACUUAGUUUCUGCACAAUUUGUCAGGUCUCCUAAUAGGAGGAAGCAGAUUUCAAGCUCAACACAAGAGCUAGUAGCAUUCUUUUCUGAGACUCAAGAGGCAGUCUAUACAAAUUCCAACAGAAAAGUACCUAAAACUGAAGGUGGCAACAAUAACAUGAUGAUACGUGUAGCCGCAGAAAAUCAACAAGGUGGUGUUACUGCUAUAACCCAUGGGGAAAUGCCAAAUAAUUUUGGUGGGAAUAAAAGCUUGUACAAUGACAGGGUUGAGUCUUUUGUAGUAGCAGCAGGAGAGGGUCAAGACAGGGGUGGCAAACUAAAAGAUGUUGCAGUUGAUGCUCAUAUACUUUCCUACUGUUGGUCUGGUGAUCUCAUUAGAUCUAUCUUUUCCUCUGGUGAUUCAAGAUUUCCUUAUGUGCAUUCAAAUGAUUUAGUCUUUGAGUUACAGAAGGCUAGAGCUGCAGAAUCUGAUUUGGUGGGUGGUGAGAAUCCUAUUGAAGGAAUAAAAAAAAUGGUUUUAAGGAGUGUGAGUCAAUGGUCAGCUGGGACAAGUCAAGUUGAAGAGAGCAUUCACAAAGCUUACAUUUCUCUUAUUGAAAAAGCUGAACACUUUAUCUACAUUGAGGUAAAGUUGAUGGAAGAAAGGAAUAUGAAGCCACUUGAUUUAAAUCUUGCAACAUUAUCAACAACAUGCAGUAAAGACUUGGAGUUGAAUUUGGCUAAGUCAUUAUUGAGUGAGAUGGGCCAAUGUACAACUGCUUAUCCAUAUAAUCAGAUGUUUGGAGCAUUAGUCUCAAAGAAUUAG